AAGAGGCGCAGAGGUCGAUCAGCUGACUGGAUAUCUAUAAAGCAGGCUGUCCGAGAUCCUUCUGUUCGUCUCGUUUUUCCGGUUCCAGCCGCAGGAACCGAUAAAUGUUCAUCUGUCCGCCUCCUGGUUAGCAAACAGCCGCUGUUGGUUCUCCGCUGCGGUCGUUUCCGGUUGGUGGAUCUAUGCUGAGGGCGACCGAGAGCCGGAACUGAAGCCCAGAGAAGGAUCGCUGCCGCCGGCAUGGACACCCAGGGCGAGAGGAGAAGGCUGCUGGAUGCGGAGGGAGGAGAGGAGACCCCCGCAGGACUGAUGUCCGAGCAGGAGGCCUAUCUCAGCAAAGUGAAGAACGGGAAGUUGUACCUGGCCUCGUUUGCAGCCGUUUUGGGCCCCAUGAGCUUCGGCUUCGUGCUGGGCUACAGCUCCCCCGCCAUCCCUGAGCUCAGCAGCAUUUCCGACCCGCGGCUCAGGCUCAGCGACGAGCAGGCCUCCUGGUUCGGGUCCAUAGUGACGCUGGGAGCGGCGGCGGGCGGCCUGCUGGGCGGCUGGAUGGUGCAGAGGAUCGGCAGGAAGCUCAGUCUGAUGCUCUGCUCGCUGCCCUACGUCUUUGGCUUCACGCUCAUCAUCGCUGCUCAGAACGUGUGGAUGUUCUACGUAGGCAGAGUGCUGACGGGGUUGGCCAGCGGCGUCACAUCGCUGGUGGUCCCGCUGUAUAUUUCUGAGACGGCCCAUGAAAAGGUGCGCGGGAUGCUGGGCUCCUGUGUUCAGCUCAUGGUGGUCUCGGGGAUCAUGGGCGUUUACCUGGCAGGUCUGUUCAUAGACUGGCGCUGGCUGGCCAUCUGCUGCUCGCUGCCGCCGUCCCUCAUGAUGGUCGCCAUGUGUUUCAUGCCGGAGACGCCGCGGUUCCUGCUGUCCAGAGGGAAGCGGCGGGAGGCAGAGGAGGCGUUACGCUUCCUGCGAGGGCCGGAUGCUCCUGUUGAGUGGGAGUGCGCUCGAAUCGAGGAGGCGUCCGAAGAACAGGGCUCCACUUUCCGGCUGUCCGACCUGAAGGAUCCGGGCGUCUUCAAACCGCUGGUGAUCGGCGUCCUGCUGAUGGUGUUUCAGCAGAUGACUGGGAUCAACGCCAUCAUGUUCUACGCCGAGAACAUAUUCGAACAGGCACACUUUGAGGAGAGCGACCUGGCCUCGGUUAUCGUCGCUCUGAUUCAGGUCAUCUUCACAGCAAUAGCAGCUGUGAUCAUGGACCGGGCCGGCAGGAAAGUUCUCCUCAUCAUCUCAGGGGUUCUCAUGAUGAUCAGCACCACGGCGUUUGGAGUUUACUUCUACUUGGUAGCCAAAGUUCCCGGCGCCGCCUCAGUGAGUCCGACGGCAGCGGAACCCCACCCGGACCUGACCUGGCUGGCCCUGGCCAGCAUGGCCAUCUUCAUCGCCGGUUUCGCCAUCGGCUGGGGUCCCAUCCCGUGGCUGAUCAUGUCGGAGGUCAUUCCCAUUAGAGUGAGGGGCUUCGCUGGAGCUGCUGUGGUGCUCAGCAACUGGGGGAUGGCUUUCAUAGUCACAAAAUCCUUCCAGGACAUGAUGAACCUCCUGACCAGCGCCGGGACCUUCUGGCUCUUCUCCUGCAUGUGCUUCCUCAACAUCAUCUUCACCGUCAUCCUGGUCCCAGAGACCAAAGGCAAGACGCUGGAGCAGAUCGAAGCCAUUUUCAGAGGGACGUCGGGUCUGUGACGGCGUGCCAAGCAGGGAUGGACAUCGUCAACCUAAACAAACUGUUAAAGUGGGCAUUAGAGAAAAAAAGGAAGCUGAUUUAAGCAGCUUCCAUGUUUGCUUUUAUAACCGUAACAAAAGAUUUUAAGUGAUUUAUUAGUUUGUUUUAUGAAAACUGUUUAUUUUGUGCCAUUGAGCUGAAUUUUAUCAGUGAGGUGCGACUAAACUGCCAACGAUGAUAUUAAUUAAUCAUUGGUUGGACUUUUUGACAUGUUGAAAAAUAACCUAAUCCUUCAUUGACUGACACCUGGAUACUUUGCUCUUCACUGCUCCCUGCAGGCCACAGAGCGUCCAGCGGGCCCAGCUUAGAUCUAAAAAUGUAUGGAGGGAAAUUUGAUCCAUUAAUGUUGCAAAA